UUUCGAUCUCUGUCACUCACGCGCACGCGCGGUCCGUGUGCUACCGCAAAGCCUCCUCGCAAUCUUUGCUCUUUCAAACACAUUCCGUGCGUGUGCGCGUUGAGUCGAGCACCGUCCGCGGUUAAUAUGAGUGGCGGCGGUCCGGUGGGCGCCAUCGCUACCAGGUGAACAAAACAAAGCGGUUGGAGCGACCGACCGACCAGCAGGAGGCUGGAAAUGGUCGCCGGGCACCGCCGGUGAACGCUCGCCGCCGUCGCGUUGAUGCGGCACGGAGAAGGCGACACGCCGAGCGAGUAGAGAGUGUCCGCGCAAGUAAUCGUGUUUUAGCGAGGGGGACGCCAGCCAUCCCGUCUUGAAGAUGGCGGCCGUGGUCAACUACUCGCCACCGUGGUGGGUGAACCUGCUCCACCGCUUGCCUCAUUUCAACUUGGACUUCCAGUUGGUCAGCAGCGACUUUCGGCCUGAAGACCCCGAGUAUCAAAAGUCGGUGCUGCUGCUGGGCUCGGUGGCUCUCUUGUGUUUGGGCCUGGACCUCCUGUUUCUCCUCUUUUACUCCUUCUGGCUUUGCUGCCGCCGCCGCAAGAGCAACGAGUCGUCGGCGUCGGCGCACCACGCGCACUCCCGGCAGCCCAGCGCCGACUGCUGCUGCACCGCCUGGUGCGUCAUCAUCGCCACCCUGGUGUGCAGCGCCGGCAUCGCCGUGGGCUUCUACGGGAACGGCGAAUCGAGCGACGGCGCCAGUCGCCUGGCCUACUCCCUGCGCCAUGCCAACCGCACCGUGUCGGGCAUCGAGAAACUGGUGUGGGACAACGCCUUGGCGCUGAACCAGACGGUGGAGGAGAACCUGGCCCAGCUGGAGACGACCUACCGGGAGCAGACGGACUACGUGUCCAUCGUCCAGAAGCUGCAGGGACAGCUGGACGAGCUGCUCAAGCUCCUGGCGGACGUGCCCUUCUGGUCCAACACGGCCGUGUCCCUGGAGGAGCUCGCCAGCCGGACCGAGGCCUUCGACUUCUACAGGUGGUUGGGCUACCUCGGCCUGCUGCUGUUUGACGUCCUCAUUUGCCUCCUGGUUCUCUUCGGACUCAUACGCAACUCCAGGGGAACUCUCAUUGGCGUGUGCCUGCUGGGCGUGCUGACGCUCGUCGUCAGCUGGGCGUCUCUGGGCCUUGAACUGGCCGUCGCUGCGUCGGCCAGCGACUUCUGCGAUUCCCCCGACGCGUACGUCGCCCGCGCCACCAAGGAGAACGCCGUCAUCAAUCAAGAUAUCCUGCAGUAUUACCUGAUGUGCAGCCCGGGACAAGUCAACCCCUUCCAGCAGAGGCUGUCGGGGAGCCACAAGGCGUUGGUGGAGAUGCAGGACGACGUGUCCGAGCUUUUGCGAUCGGCCACGCGGGAAUACGCCAACACGAAGGCGAGUCUGGAUCAGAUCCAAUCGGUGCUGAACUCUACGGAGGUGGGCCUGCAUCAGCUGACGGCUCUGGUGGACUGUCGCAGCCUGCACAUGGACUACGUGCAGGCUCUGACGGGCUUGUGCUACGACGGCGUGGAGGGCCUCAUCUAUCUGGUGCUCUUCUCCUUCGUCACGGCGCUCAUGUUCUCCUCCAUCGUCUGCAGCGUCCCGCACACCUGGCCCGGCAAGAGGACGGAUGAGGAGGACGGAGAGGACGAGUCGGGCGCCUCGCGGGGCGGCGGUGUUCACGAUAACCUGUACCGCGUUCACAUGCCCAGUCUCUACAGCUGCGGCUCCAGCUACGGUAGCGAAGCUAGCCUGCCCGCCACCGCCCACACCGUCAGCAAUGCCCCCGUCACUGAGUACAUGAACCAGAACGCAAACUUUCAGACCCCCCGGUGUGAGAACACCCCCUUGAUUGGCAGGGAGUCCCCUCCACCCUCUUACACCUCCAGUAUGAGAGCCAAAUACUUGGCCACCAACCGCCCCGACCAGAACCGCCGCUCCGUCCCCAACGACCAGCUGGACCCAGCCAACCGGCCCCACGCCGCCGCCCGGCCGCAGUCUUCGGUCCACUAGUGACCCAUCAUGAUACACAUUAAAUUUGCACACGCACGCACGCAUGCGCGCACACACACUGUACAGAAGCUGUAAAUAUGAAUUAUAACUCCACCACUGAGUUAAUAACUGGUGAUGUGCUGUGCCGUGCACUUAUAUUGCUGUGUCUCUCACUCACUCACACACACACACACACACACACACACACACACACACACCCACCCACACACACACACGCAAACUUGUUUAGUCCAACAUCAGGAUCAUAAUAACACCGAAGACUGGACCAUACAACUCCCCUUUUUUCUGGAAUUUCAACUGAGAGGCCGACCACGUGCCAAAAUAAACGAGGGUGCCUGAAAAUGAUGCCAGGAAAACGGUUACCGGAUACUUUCUGUGUGUGU